AGAGUGAAGAAGAGGCUGCGAAUUCUGCAGCUCCAGAAGGAGUGGAGGGAAGCAGCCUGCACAGACGCAGCAUAUUUUUGGGCCAGACAUCACUGGACACCAGGCUUGAGCUCUCUAGAGGACAGCCACAAUGUGUGACUGUUUUCAUCUGGCGUUCCCCAACUGGCACGCACCAGCUGCGGGAGCUGGGCGAAGGCUGAGGGGACCGGAACAAGGAGCGGAGGAUGAUUCAGUAUGUGAGGAGCCUGAGAUUUUAGAGCAGGAAAGACCUCGUCCUCAAGGUUCAUCCCCAGUAGAAGAAUUUCCGAUUGAAAAACAGGCUGAGGAGGAUAUCUCCGAUUCAGCAUACAAGAGUGGAAACAACAAAAAAAGCAAAAAAGGCGGCUUUGGAUCUCUGUUUGAUAAGCGCACAUCUGACAAAAUGAAUGAAACAGAGGACAUGCAGACUGGUGAAUCUGAAAUGAUUGUGAAAACAGUGAAAGAAGCAUGUGUUGAGGGCUUAGUCGUGACAGGUGGAGGGAAAGAGGGGAUCUUCAUCAAAGAAGUGAAAGUAGAUUCACCUGCUUCCAAACAUCUAAGUGUAAAAGAGGGUGAUCAAAUACUAAGUGCUAAAGUAUACUUCGAUAAUGUUUCAUAUGAAGAUGCACUUAAAAUUCUUGAGCAUGCUCAACCAUAUAAAAUGGAAUUCUGUCUAAGACGCAAAGUGGAACCAACCAUACCAGAAAAUGCUGAAAUUAUACAUUCAAAGGAAAAAGACCAGGGCUCACCAACAAUGAGAAGUCAGAGAAAGAUGAAAAAACAGCAAGAACGCAUCUCAUGGCCAAAGUUCCCUUCCUUUGGCAAGGGACCCAGAGUGCAAUUCAAGAGAUCUCACAGCACAUCAGAAGCAGAGGAACACCGGAAAUUAGAGAUGAGCCCACCAACCAGUGACACUGAAUCGCCACUAAAAUCUCCCCUGAAAUGUCCAGAUGAAAAAGACAAGAAAAAAAAGCACAAAGUUCAACUAAAAAUGAAGAUGAAGGGCAACAGGAGCAAGUCAGUUGAGGAAUCCCAGAGUAAUGAGAAGGUGCUGGUUUGGGAAAAUCAACAAGUGGAUGAUAUAUUAGAAGAAAAGAUUCCGGAAGCACAUGAGGAAAAAAUACCAGAGAUUCCACAGGUCAUGGAUGGAGCUGAAAAUAAGGUUUCUCCGAAGACUGGAGAUGCAUUUCAGAGUUUGUCAGGAAUGGAACAUCAUGAGGCUCAUUUAAUUAGUUUGGGCAACACAUUGAAGACUACAGAUAUUUCAGUUGCUCUUGCAGAGGAAGGAAAAAUAGAGAGCUCAGAAAUGAAAGUUAGAAUUCAUCAGAAGGAGAAACCUGAUGUUGGAACAAAGAACCAAGCAGAAACUAUCAAAGCUUUGUACAAAAUUUCAGAUAUAUCUGCCUGUGACAAUGUUGUAUUAUCACAGACAGGGGUAGAAAUACCUCAACUUGACAAUGACAUCAGCAGACAGGGAAUGAGAAAAGAUAGUUCAGAGAAAAAAAUGGAAUAUGGAAAUGCUGAACUUAGCAUGCCAAAUUUAGAUAUUGGUGUAGGAGUAACAAAAAAAUCUCCAGGGAUUGGCAAUGAGAAGCAAAGGAAGGAGAAAUCUGUGUUUGAAAAUGAGAGUUAUGGGAUUCGAACCAGAGGUCCAUUGGCAGACAUGGCCACAUCAAAGACUCACUUUGUGAGCACAGUAAAUGGGCUUCAGUUCAUGUCACCAGAUUUUUCUGAGAUAAUGCAAGUGGGGAAAAUGUCUGAUGGACAUGCUGUAGACAAAGAUUUAAUUUUAGUGAAAACUACCAAGUUACCAACAGAAACUAGCGAUUUUAUUCUAGCUGAUGUAGAUAAAAGAUCAGCAUCAGAGUUUAAAUUGCCAAAGGUAGAUCAUUCUGGAAUUGUAACCCAUGAACUAAUCAAAAUGACAGAGGUGGAAAAAAUUAGGACGCACCUACCAAAACGAGAAGAUAUUGAAAUUCCAGGGAUGGAAAAUAAAGAAAAAAAGACCAGUUUUCAGACACCAGAAAUUAAGGUUCCAAAAAUUGAGAAAAUUAUAGAUAUCACAAAGGAGAGAGAAAUCCAGGCUCUACAAACAGACGAAGAAUUCAAUGUUGAGGAUGUUAAAGUGGCUGUUUCCAAGUUCCCUGCUUUUAAACUGCCUGAGGGGGACAUAACAGGAGUUCUUGUUCAAAAAGAAAUUGAACUGAAGUCAGAUAGGUCUACAUUGACCCCAAGGGGAUCACCACAUAAAAUAUCCAUCACAAGUACAGACAGUGGCAUUAUUUUGCCUAAAACUAAAGUUGGUGAAGAAAAGUCACUAGAUUCUGAUGCUGUAGAUAAGGACAGAGCAAUAAAGAUGCCCAAUGUUGAGCUACCUUAUAUUGAUGAGCAGACAUCAAUAGCAGUGCUGAAAAUAGACUACACACAGCCACAGAUAACAGAUUAUGGGAGAUUUGAAGCUCUAAACUUUAAACUCCCAAAGCGGGAAGAUAUUGAAAUACCAGGGAUGGAAGCAGUAAAGGAAUCAAAUUUCCAGUGCACAGCAGAUCUUGACCAAGCUGAAAAGCCAAAAACUAAAAAACAUGGUGACAGGAAAGGUCAUGAAAAGAAAUCAAAGAAAACAAAAAUAACAAUCGAAGGACCUGAAGGCACAAAACUUGAUACUCAGUCUCCAGAUAUUAGUACUGAAUCACCAAAGAAGUAUUCCUCUAAAAUGGAUGGUGGAGAACCAAAGAUCUAUGAGAAACCCAAAUCCAAAACUCCUGACAUAGGAGAAUUUGAAAAUAUAGAUGUUCAAGUACAGGAAACCAAGAUUUUAGAAGAUAACCUGGACUUGCCACAAAAAACAGACACAAAGUUUGCCAAAACAAAAUUUAAAAUUCCCUCAAUCACCCUGCCAGAAUUUGGGACUGAAGUUCCAACUGGAGAAAUAGAUAUCACUGCUGUGGACGUGCAAGUGAAAGAAGCUGAAAAAAAUUUACCAGAGGAUAAAAUAAAAUUAUCAACUGAGCCAUUUUGUUCGGAUAUAGAUGGCACUGAUGUGAAUAAAGAUAGACUGCCUGUCAGAGGUCAGGAUACUGAAACUGAAGGGCAAGGAAAGAAGUUCAAAUUACCAAAAUUUGAGCUCAGUUUUCCUGAAGUAAAAGCACCAAGUAUUAUUUGUACUUCAAAGAAAGAUGAUGACAGUUCUGUAUCAGAGGAAAGUGGUAAAGUGCCAGUAGUGCACUCACCUAAAGCAGAACCACCAGCUGUAAAACAUGAUGUGAGCACAGACCUACCAGACGCAGACUCUGAAAUAACUGAAGUGAAAAUUAAAAGGCCAGGGUUUUCAUUUCCCAGAUUUGGGAUAUCUAAAUCUGAACAUGCACCCCCAGCCUCUUAUGUUACCAAUGUUGAUAUGUCUUUACCAGAGGGACAUACAGAAAUGGAUGAUGCAAACACAAAAAUUGCAAUAUCAGUGAAAGAUGGUAAACAAAAGGAUGCAACAAAGUUUGGUUCUCCAACAAAGUUCAAAAUUCCUUCAAUCAAGUUUCCAAAUUUUGGAAUGAAAGUUACAAAGUCAGCAGUAGAGACUUCUGAUGUGGCUGUUGAUGUUAAAGGAGCUGACAUGAGUCUGCCACAUACAGAAUUAAAAUUAUCUACUGAGCCAUCUGAUAUAAAAGAGCCUGAUGUAGACAGACAGAAGGAAUCUGUCAGUAUGCAAUUUACUAAUAUGGACAUCCAAAGUGAGGCAAAAGGAAGUAAAUUUAAAUUGCCAAAAUUUGGAAUCAGCCUUCCUGAAGUAAAAGGACCAAAAAUAGAUAUAGACAAGGCAGAAAUUGACAUUUCUAUACCAGAGGGGAAAGUACAGGUGACUCGACCUGAUAGUGAAGUGCAAGCUAGAACACCUGAAGUGAAAGUAGACAUGUCAGUUGACAAAGUUAACAUUCCAAAGACAGCAGCAGAGAUUGAUAUUUCUGUUCCAAAGUCAAAAGUAGAAGUACAUCCACCUGAUGUUGAAAUACAAGGUGUAAAAGGUCGAAUAAAUGCGGACCUGCCAAAAGUAGAUUCUAAAGGUCUUGAAGUGAAAAUGAAGACACCAGGGUUUUCUUUUCCUGGAAUUGGAAUUAGCAAACCAGACAUUAAGUUUCCCAAAGGUGAAGUGAGUCUCCCAAAUGUUGAUGUGUCUUUGCCUCAAGGAAGUAUAGAAAUCGAACGACCAUCUACAGAUGUUGCAGUAUCAGUGGAAGAUGCAGAACAAAAAGGCAAAUCAAAGUUAGGUUCUCCGACAAAGUUUAAAUUGCCAUCAAUCAGCUUGCCAAAGUUAGAAGCUAAAGUUCAAAAAGCAUCAAUAGAGGUCUCUGAUGUGGAUUUCGAUGUUAAAGGACCUGAAAUAAAUCUACCAGAAGGAGAGAUGAAAUUGUCAGCUGAGCCACUGUCAGUGGAUAUAAAAUGGCCUGAUCUAGAUAAAGAAUUGAAACCUCUCAGUGUGGAAAUGAAAGGCCCGGAUAUCCAAAUGAAGGAACAGGGAAGUAAAUUCAAAUUGCCAAAAUUUGGAAUCAGCCAUCCUGAAAUAAAGGGACCAACACUUGAUGUGAGUUCAGACAAGGCAGAGUUUGACAUUUCUAUACCAAAGGCAAAGGUAGAAGUACAUCCACCUGAUGUUGAAGUGCAAGGUGUGACUGCUGGAAUAAACAUAGACCUACCAGAAGUAGAUUCUAAAGAGACUGAAGUGAAAAUGAAGACACCAGGCUUUUCCUUUCCUGGAAUUGGAUUUAGCAAACCAGACAUUAAGGAUGCUAAAGGAGAAGUGAGUCUCCCAAAUGUUGAUGUGUCUUUGCCUGAAGGAAGUAUAGAAAUCGAAAGACCAUCUACAGAUGUUGCAGUAUCAAUGGAAGAUGCAGAACAAAAAGGCAAAUCAAAAUUUGGUUCUCCAACAAAGUUUAAAUUACCUUCAAUCAACUUGCCAAAGUUUGGAAUUAAAGGUCCCAAGGCAUCAGUAGAAGUCUCUGGUGUGGAUGUGGAUGUUAAAGGACCUGAAAUAAAACUACCAGAAGGAGAAUUAAAAUUGUCAGCUGAGCCACUGUCAGUGGAUAUAAAAGGGCCUGAUGCAGGCAAAGACUUGAAACCUCUCAGCGUGGAAAUGAAAGGCCCGGAUAUCCAAAUGAAGGAACAGGGGGGUAAAAUCCAAUUUCCAAAAUUUGGAAUUAGCCUUCCUGAAAUAAAGGGACCAACAUUUGGUGUACGUUCAGACAAGGCAGAGAUUGACAUUUCUAUACCAAAUGCAAAAGUAGAAGCACAUCCACCUGAUGUUGAAGUGCAAGGUGUAACUUCUGAAAUAAAAGUAGACCUGCCAGAAAUAGAUUCUAAAGAUACUGAAGUGAAAAUGAAGUCACCAGGGUUUUCUUUUCCUGGAAUUGGAAUUAGCAAACCAGAAUUUAAGGUUCCCAAAGGUGAAGUGAGUCUCCCAAAUGUUGAUGUGUCUUUGCCUCAAGGAAGUAUAGAAAUUGAAAGACCAUCUACAGAUGUUGCAGUAUCAAUGGAAGAUGCAGAACAAAAAGGCAAAUCAAAAUUUGGUUCUCCAACAAAGUUUAAAUUGCCUUCAAUCAACUUGCCAAAGUUUGGAAUUAAAGGUCCCAAGGCAUCAGUAGAAGUCUCUGGUGUGGAUGUGGAUGUUAAAGGACCUGAAAUAAAACUACCAGAAGGAGAAUUAAAAUUGUCAGCUGAGCCACUGUCAGUGGAUAUAAAAGGGCCUGAUGCAGGCAAAGACUUGAAACCUCUCAGCGUGGAAAUGAAAGGCCCGGAUAUCCAAAUGAAGGAACAGGGGGGUAAAAUCCAAUUUCCAAAAUUUGGAAUUAGCCUUCCUGAAAUAAAGGGACCAAAACUUGAUGUAAGUUCAGACAAGGCAGAGAUUGACAUUUCUGUACCAAAGGCAAAAGUAGAAGUACAUCCACCUGAUGUUGAAGUGCAAGGUGUGACUGCUGGAAUAAACAUAGACCUGCCAGAAAUAGAUUCUAAAGAUACUGAAGUGAAAAUGAAGACACCAGGGUUUUCCUUUCCUGGAAUUGGAAUUAGCAAACCAGAAUUUAAGGUUCCUAAAGGUGAAGUAAGUCUCCCAAAUGUUGAUGUGUCUUUGCCUGAAGGAAGUAUAGAAAUCGAAAGACCAUCUACAGAUGUUGCAGUAUCAGUGGAAGAUGCAGAACAAAAAGGCAAAUCAAAAUUUGGUUCUCCAACAAAGUUUAAAUUGCCUUCAAUCAACUUGCCAAAGUUUGGAAUUAAAGGUCCCAAGGCAUCAGUAGAAGUCUCUGGUGUGGAUGUGGAUGUUAAAGGACCUGAAAUAAAUCUACCAGAAGGAGAGAUAAAAUUGUCAGCUGAGCCACUGUCAGUAGAUAUAAAAGGGCCUGAUGCAGACAAAGAAUUGAAACCUCUCAGUGUGGAAUUGAAAGAUCAUGAUAUCCAAAUGAAGGAACAGGGAGGUAAAUUCAAAUUGCCAAAAUUUGGAAUCAGCCUUCCAGAAAUAAAGGGACCAAAACUUGAUGUAAGUUCAGACAAGGCAGAGAUUGACAUUUCUGUACCAAAGGCAAAAGUAGAAGUACAUCCACCUGAAGUUGAAGUGCAAGGUGUGACUGCUGGAAUAAACAUAGACCUGCCAGAAAUAGAUUCUAAAGAUACUGAAGUGAAAAUGAAGACACCAGGGUUUUCCUUUCCUGGAAUUGGAAUUAGCAAACCAGAAUUUAAGGUUCCUAAAGGUGAAGUGAGUCUCCCAAAUGUUGAUGUGUCUUUGCCUGAAGGAAGUAUAGAAAUCGAAAGACCAUCAACAGAUGUUGCAGUAUCAGUGGAAGAUGCAGAACAAAAAGGCAAAUCAAAAUUUGGUUCUCCAACAAAGUUUAAAUUGCCUUCAAUCAACUUGCCAAAGUUUGGAAUUAAAGGUCCCAAGGCAUCAGUAGAAGUCUCUGGUGUGGAUGUGGAUGUUAAAGGACCUGAAAUAAAUCUACCAGAAGGAGAGAUAAAAUUGUCAGCUGAGCCACUGUCAGUAGAUAUAAAAGGGCCUGAUGCAGACAAAGAAUUGAAACCUCUCAGUGUGGAAUUGAAAGAUCAGGAUAUCCAAAUGAAGGAACAGGGAGGUAAAUUCAAAUUGCCAAAAUUUGGAAUUAGCCUUCCUGAAAUAAAGGGACCAAAACUUGAUGUAAGUUCAGACAAGGCAGAGAUUGACAUUUCUGUACCAAUGGCAAAAGUAGAAGUACAUCCACCUGAUGUUGAAGUGCAAGGUGUGUCUGCUGGAAUAAACAUAGACCUGCCAGAAAUGGAUUCUAAAGAUACUGAAGUGAAAAUGAAAACACCAGGGUUUUCCUUUCCUGGAAUUGGAAUUAGCAAACCAGAAUUUAAGGUUCCUAAAGGUGAAGUGAGUCUCCCAAAUGUUGAUGUGUCUUUGCCUGAAGGAAGUAUAGAAAUCGAAAGACCAUCUACAGAUGUUGCAGUGUCAGUGGAAGAUGCAGAACAAAAAGGCAAAUCAAAAUUUGGUUCUCCGACAAAGUUUAAAUUACCUUCAAUCAACUUGCCAAAGUUUGGAAUUAAAGGUCCCAAGGCAUCAGUAGAAGUCUCUGGUGUGGAUGUGGAUGUUAAAGGACCUGAAAUAAAUCUACCAGAAGGAGAGAUAAAAUUGUCAGCUGAGCCACUGUCAGUAGAUAUAAAAGGGCCUGAUGCAGACAAAGAAUUGAAACCUCUCAGUGUGGAAUUGAAAGAUCAUGAUAUCCAAAUGAAGGAACAGGGAGGUAAAUUCAAAUUGCCAAAAUUUGGAUUCAGCCUUCCAGAAAUAAAGGGACCAAAACUUGAUGUAAGUUCAGACAAGGCAGAGAUUGACAUUUCUGUACCAAAGGCAAAAGUAGAAGUACAUCCACCUGAUGUUGAAGUGCAAGGUGUGACUGCUGGAAUAAACAUAGACCUGCCAGAAAUAGAUUCUAAAGAUACUGAAGUGAAAAUGAAAACACCAGGGUUUUCCUUUCCUGGAAUUGGAAUUAGCAAACCAGAAUUUAAGGUUCCUAAAGGUGAAGUGAGUCUCCCAAAUGUUGAUGUGUCUUUGCCUGAAGGAAGUAUAGAAAUCGAAAGACCAUCUACAGAUGUUGCAGUAUCAGUGGAAGAUGCAGAACAAAAAGGCAAAUCAAAAUUUGGUUCUCCAACAAAGUUUAAAUUGCCUUCAAUCAACUUGCCAAAGUUUGGAAUUAAAGGUCCCAAGGCAUCAGUAGAAGUCUCUGGUGUGGAUGUGGAUGUUAAAGGACCUGAAAUAAAUCUACCAGAAGGAGAGAUAAAAUUGUCAGGUGAGCCACUGUCAGUAGAUAUAAAAGGGCCUGAUGCAGACAAAGAAUUGAAACCUCUCAGCGUGGAAUUGAAAGAUCAGGAUAUCCAAAUGAAGGAACAGGGAGGUAAAUUCAAAUUGCCAAAAUUUGGAAUCAGCCUUCCUGAAAUAAAGGGACCAAAACUUGAUGUAAGUUCAGACAAGGCAGAGAUUGACAUUUCUGUACCAAAGGCAAAAGUAGAAGUACAUCCACCUGAUGUUGAAGUGCAAGGUGUGACUGCUGGAAUAAACAUAGACCUGCCAGAAAUGGAUUCUAAAGAUACUGAAGUGAAAAUGAAAUCACCAGGGUUUUCCUUUCCUGGAAUUGGAAUUAGCAAACCAGAAUUUAAGGUUCCUAAAGGUGAAGUGAGUCUCCCAAAUGUUGAUGUGUCUUUGCCUGAAGGAAGUAUAGAAAUCGAAAGACCAUCCACAGAUGUUGCAGUAUCAAUGGAAGAUGCAGAACAAAAAGGCAAAUCAAAAUUUGGUUCUCCAACAAAGUUUAAAUUGCCUUCAAUCAACUUGCCAAAGUUUGGAAUUAAAGGUCCCAAGGCAUCAGUAGAAGUCUCUGGUGUGGAUGUGGAUGUUAAAGGACCUGAAAUAAAUCUACCAGAAGGAGAGAUAAAAUUGUCAGCUGAGCCACUGUCAGUAGAUAUAAAAGGGCCUGAUGCAGACAAAGAAUUGAAACCUCUCAGCGUGGAAUUGAAAGAUCAGGAUAUCCAAAUGAAGGAACAGGGAGGUAAAUUCAAAUUGCCAAAAUUUGGAAUCAGCCUUCCUGAAAUAAAGGGACCAAAACUUGAUGUAAGUUCAGACAAGGCAGAGAUUGACAUUUCUGUACCAAAGGCAAAAGUAGAAGUACAUCCACCUGAUGUUGAAGUGCAAGGUGUGACUGCUGGAAUAAACAUAGACCUGCCAGAAAUGGAUUCUAAAGAUACUGAAGUGAAAAUGAAAUCACCAGGGUUUUCCUUUCCUGGAAUUGGAAUUAGCAAACCAGAAUUUAAGGUUCCUAAAGGUGAAGUGAGUCUCCCAAAUGUUGAUGUGUCUUUGCCUGAAGGAAGUAUAGAAAUCGAAAGACCAUCCACAGAUGUUGCAGUAUCAAUGGAAGAUGCAGAACAAAAAGGCAAAUCAAAAUUUGGUUCUCCAACAAAGUUUAAAUUACCUUCAAUCAACUUGCCAAAGUUUGGAAUUAAAGGUCCCAAGGCAUCAGUAGAAGUCUCUGGUGUGGAUGUGGAUGUUAAAGGACCUGAAAUAAAUCUACCAGAAGGAGAGAUAAAAUUGUCAGCUGAGCCACUGUCAGUAGAUAUAAAAGGGCCUGAUGCAGACAAAGAAUUGAAACCUCUCAGUGUGGAAUUGAAAGAUCAGGAUAUCCAAAUGAAGGAACAGGGAGGUAAAUUCAAAUUGCCAAAAUUUGGAAUUAGCCUUCCUGAAAUAAAGGGACCAAAACUUGAUGUAAGUUCAGACAAGGCAGAGAUUGACAUUUCUGUACCAAAGGCAAAAGUAGAAGUACAUCCACCUGAUGUUGAAGUGCAAGGUGUGACUGCUGGAAUAAACAUAGACCUGCCAGAAAUAGAUUCUAAAGAUACUGAAGUGAAAAUGAAGACACCAGGGUUUUCCUUUCCUGGAAUUGGAAUUAGCAAACCAGAAUUUAAGGUUCCUAAAGGUGAAGUAAGUCUCCCAAAUGUUGAUGUGUCUUUGCCUGAAGGAAGUAUAGAAAUCGAAAGACCAUCUACAGAUGUUGCAGUAUCAGUGGAAGAUGCAGAACAAAAAGGCAAAUCAAAAUUUGGUUCUCCAACAAAGUUUAAAUUACCUUCAAUCAACUUGCCAAAGUUUGGAAUUAAAGGUCCCAAGGCAUCAGUAGAAGUCUCUGGUGUGGAUGUGGAUGUUAAAGGACCUGAAAUAAAUCUACCGGAAGGAGAGAUAAAAUUGUCAGCUGAGCCACUGUCAGUAGAUAUAAAAGGGCCUGAUGCAGACAAAGAAUUGAAACCUCUCAGUGUGGAAUUGAAAGAUCAGGAUAUCCAAAUGAAGGAACAGGGAGGUAAAUUCAAAUUGCCAAAAUUUGGAAUUAGCCUUCCUGAAAUAAAGGGACCAAAACUUGAUGUAAGUUCAGACAAGGCAGAGAUUGACAUUUCUGUACCAAAGGCAAAAGUAGAAGUACAUCCACCUGAUGUUGAAGUGCAAGGUGUGACUGCUGGAAUAAACAUAGACCUGCCAGAAAUAGAUUCUAAAGAUACUGAAGUGAAAAUGAAGACACCAGGGUUUUCCUUUCCUGGAAUUGGAAUUAGCAAACCAGAAUUUAAGGUUCCUAAAGGUGAAGUAAGUCUCCCAAAUGUUGAUGUGUCUUUGCCUGAAGGAAGUAUAGAAAUCGAAAGACCAUCUACAGAUGUUGCAGUAUCAGUGGAAGAUGCAGAACAAAAAGGCAAAUCAAAAUUUGGUUCUCCAACAAAGUUUAAAUUACCUUCAAUCAACUUGCCAAAGUUUGGAAUUAAAGGUCCCAAGGCAUCAGUAGAAGUCUCUGGUGUGGAUGUGGAUGUUAAACGACCUGAAAUAAAUCUACCAGAAGGAGAGAUAAAAUUGUCAGCUGAGCCACUGUCAGUAGAUAUAAAAGGGCCUGAUGCAGACAAAGAAUUGAAACCUCUCAGUGUGGAAUUGAAAGAUCAUGAUAUCCAAAUGAAGGAACAGGGAGGUAAAUUCAAAUUGCCAAAAUUUGGAAUCAGCCUUCCUGAAAUAAAGGGACCAAAACUUGAUGUAAGUUCAGACAAGGCAGAGAUUGACAUUUCUGUACCAAAGGCAAAAGUAGAAGUACAUCCACCUGAUGUUGAAGUGCAAGGUGUGACUGCUGGAAUAAACAUAGACCUGCCAGAAAUAGAUUCUAAAGAUACUGAAGUGAAAAUGAAGACACCAGGGUUUUCCUUUCCUGGAAUUGGAAUUAGCAAACCAGAAUUUAAGGUUCCUAAAGGUGAAGUGAGUCUCCCAAAUGUUGAUGUGUCUUUGCCUGAAGGAAGUAUAGAAAUCGAAAGACCAUCUACAGAUGUUGCAGUAUCAGUGGAAGAUGCAGAACAAAAAGGCAAAUCAAAAUUUGGUUCUCCAACAAAGUUUAAAUUGCCUUCAAUCAACUUGCCAAAGUUUGGAAUUAAAGGUCCCAAGGCAUCAGUAGAAGUCUCUGGUGUGGAUGUGGAUGUUAAAGGACCUGAAAUAAAUCUACCAGAAGGAGAGAUAAAAUUGUCAGCUGAGCCACUGUCAGUAGAUAUAAAAGGGCCUGAUGCAGACAAAGGAUUGAAACCUCUCAGUGUUGAAUUCAAAGAUCAGGAUAUCCAAAUGAAGGAACAGGGAGGUAAAUUCAAAUUGCCAAAAUUUGGAAUCAGCCUUCCUGAAAUAAAGGGACCAAAACUUGAUGUAAGUUCAGACAAGGCAGAGAUUGACAUUUCUGUACCAAAGGCAAAAGUAGAAGUACAUCCACCUGAUGUUGAAGUGCAAGGUGUAACUGCUGAAAUAAAAGUAGACCUGCCAGAAAUAGAUUCUAAAGAUACUGAAGUGAAAAUGAAAUCACCAGGGUUUUCUUUUCCUGGAAUUGGAUUUAGCAAACCAGAAUUUAAGGUUCCCAAAGGUGAAGUGAGUCUCCCAAAUGUUGAUGUGUCUUUGCCUGAAGGAAGUACAGAAAUCGAAAGACCAUCCACAGAUGUUGCAGUAUCAGUGGAAGAUGCAGAACAAAAAGGCAAAUCAAAAUUUGGUUCUCCAACAAAGUUUAAAUUACCUUCAAUCAACUUGCCAAAGUUCGGAAUUAAAGGUCCAAAAGCAUCAGUGGAGAUCUCUGGUGUGGAUGUGGAUGUUAAACGACCUGAAAUAAAUCUACCAGAAGGAGAGAUAAAAUUGUCAGCUGAGCCACUGUCAGUAGAUAUAAAAGGGCCUGAUGCAGACAAAGAAUUGAAACCUCUCAGUGUGGAAAUCAAAGAUCAGGAUAUCCAAAUGAAGGAACAGGGGGGUAAAUUCAAAUUGCCAAAAUUUGGAAUCAGCCUUCCUGAAAUAAAGGGACCAACACUUGAUGUAAGUUCAGACAAGGCAGAGAUUGACAUUUCUGUACCAAAGGCAAAAGUAGAAGUACAUCCACCUGAUGUUGAAGUGCAAGGUGUAACAGCUGAAAUGAAAGUAGACCUGCCAGAAAUAGAUUCUAAAGAUACUGAAGUGAAAAUGAAAACACCAGGCUUUUCAUUCCCUGGAAUUGGAAUUAGCAAACCAGAAGUUAAGGUUCCCAAAGGUGAAGUGAGUCUCCCAAAUGUUGAUGUGUCUUUGCCUGAAGGAAGUAUAGAAAUUGAAAGACCAUCUACUGAUGUUACAGUAUCAGUGGAAGAUGCAAAACAAAAAGGAAAAUCAAAGUUUGGUUCUCCAACAAAGUUUAAAUUGCCAUCAAUCAACUUCCCAAAGUUUGGAACUAAAGGUCCAAAAGCAUCAGUAGAGGUCUCUGAUGUAGAACCUGACAUAAGUUUACCAGAUGCAGAGAUAAAUUUGUCAACAGAGCCACUCUCAGUAAACAUAAAAGGACCUGAUCUAGACAAAGAAAAAUCUGUCAGUGUGGAAAUGAAAGAUCAAGAUAUAAAAACAAAGGAACAAGGCAGUACAUUGAAAUUUCCAAAAUUUGGAAUCAGCCUUUCUGAAGUAAAAGGACCAAAAUUUGAUGUAACUUCAGACAAGGCAGAGAUUGACAUUUCUUUACCAAAGGCACAAUUAGAAGUUCAUCCACCUGAUGUUGAAGUGCAAGGUGUAACAGUGAAAGCAGACCUACCAGAAGUAGAUUCUAAAGAUAUUGAUGUGAAAUUUACUAAAUUAGACUGUAAGGCAAACAAUGAUGUAGCCAUAGCAGAAUUGUAUUCCCAAGAGGGAAAAUGUGGCGAUGAAGAUAGAGUUGUUGACAAUAAUGCCCUUGACGUUGUCUUAGAAGCAACACAAAAGUAUAAACAAGAAGUGAAGAUGUCAAAAUUUAUAUUGCCAUCACAUGGUGAUGUUUUCAGUGGCUUUGAAGUUGAAUUUAAUAUGCCUAAUUUUGAUGAAAUUGAAGAAACAAUGAAAAAAUAUUCAGAUCCUUUGAAACAUGAACAUAACAUUGCAGUCAGAGGUCAGUUAUCAACAGAGUAUAUAUCAAAACAUGAAGAUGGCAGAGCUCAUGAAAAAUUGAAGACAGACCAAAAACAAACACAACCUGAAAGCAGUGACUGGUUUAGAUUUCCCAAGUUUCCCUCUACAACCAAAACAGCCAAAGGCAAUGAGAAAGUAACCUUCCAAUUUUACAAAAAAACUGAACAUAGUACACAAGGUGACAUAAAUGAAAAUGAGUCCAAGAAAAGUUUUACAAGAGACACAAGGGAUAUUGAUGAUGACAGUGUCAGUCCUACUUUGUCACUGAGUUCAUCUGAUGCUUUUGCUGAUGUAAGUUCUGCGCUUACAUCUGAACAGAUGGGCCUGUCGCUGGCCAGCCCUACUAAGGUCAAAGUAAAAUACUGUGAGCCCUCCGCUAAUGCUGAAGUAAGUGACGUACAUGGUGAUAUUAUUACUUCCACAGCCAGGACUGAAAUAAUAUCUAUGGAGCCUCAUCAGCCAGAAAAAGUAAACAUUCCAUUCUCUUCUGAAACAUCCUCUUCUUCAGUGGAUACUCUGAAACAAAUGUCAGGACAUAUAGUUGUGUCAAAUGUACAAAAUGUGUCUAAAACAGAACAUGCUGCGAUUCUCACUAAAGUGCAUACACAAACUUUGCCUCCAGAAAAAGCCACUGACUCAAUGUUUUCAGUUGAGGAAACAAUAAUGCGAACAGGACAUAGAAUAGUGGAGAAGCAUGUUGUAAAGGAAGUCUUUGGUGAUGACAAAGAGAAAAUGUUUGUGACACAGAGAAUACAGGUUUUUGAAGGAGACUCUACUGAGCCUAUCUCUGAUGACACAGCAUCCUCAAUUCAAAAGUUAAGAGACAGUGUACACACUGAAAAAAUUAGAUUUUUUGAGGAGGCAGAGCCAAGUCAAACAACUGUAAUGAGCACUGAAACAUUACUAAGGCAUGCAGAUUCCUCUGCAGAUGAGAAUGAGGGGAAAUGAGUUGUCACUUUUAGAAUUCUUAGAAUAUACAGAAUUAUGAGUGUGCAAACCAGAAAAGUCGGUGUGGUCUCACAAAAACUACACAUUUUCUGUAAGAUUGGCGCGGUAUUAUACUUCAGAAUCCAUUUUUAUUACAUGUUUAACCAAAUGUGUUGUGCAAACAUAAUACAAGUUAGGGAUAGCAAUUAACACCUAUUUUAAUGGCAUAAUUAAAAAAAUAUGGUUAGCUAAUAACGCUUAGGAUACUCAGUAUAGAGAAACAUGGGCAUUCAGCACCCAUUACAGUAAAAGUAUUCUCUGUUGAAAUUGUUUACAGUGCCCUCUUGUUCAUAUACAAUUAAAUAUAACUGUGUCACAUUUAGAGAUAUUUAUGGGAAAAUAUAUAAUAUAUGUGACUGUUGAAAAGUGAUAAUAGUACAAUAUUUUUUUGCACAAGUGUCAGUUUCAUUUAAUUAUUGCAUUUCCAGCUAUAAUCGUGAUUAACUUUAAGCAUUUAAGAUUUUGCAGCUUUGUGAAGAGAAAGUACAUUUUUAAAAAAUGUUCAGACAAGGUCCAUUCCAUGUCAUACAGUAUUGUAAAACACGAUAUAUGUACAUCUAAAUGAAUAAAUGUAUUAAAAUAUGUGCAUAUACCACAAUAAAUCUUGUAAAAUAAAAAUGGUCAUCUAA